CACUCAAACACCCCAAACACCAAACCUAAAAACACAAGAUCAAUAUCAUCACAAAUGAAGAUCUCUUUUCUCAUCACUCUCCUCUUGGCGACAGUGGCCUGCACCCACGGACAACAACCGGUGAAAGACACUGCCGGAAACUCUCUUGAGACAGGUCAGCAAUACUUCAUCCAGCCGAUCAAGACCGGGGGAAGUAACGGAGGUGGUCUUGUUCCAGCCGCCAUUAGACUCUUUCCCAUUUGUCCACUUGGCAUCAACCAAGCAGGCUUUUCGUUCCUACCGGGCCUACCGGCUAGCUUUGAGUAUGCUGACACAGUAUCAGACUCCAUCGUUAAGACAAAUACUGAUGUUACCAUUGAGUUCCAGGCCCCCGAAUGGCAGUUCUGCGACGACUUUCCCAAGUUUUGGGCAGUUGAAUCCCCAUCGGCUUCUAAGGAGCCUGCGAUUAUCCUCGGUGGUGAACCGGGGAGCCCAAAUAGGAGGUUUAAGAUAGAGGAAGCUGGAGAAGGAUUUGGAGAAAACACUUAUAAGUUUACCAUCUUAGAGGGGACCGUUGGAAACGUCACGGGUCUUUUUCGGACAGCACAACUAGUUCUCACCAAAGAUGAUGCUAAGACCACAUUCGUCCAGUUCAACAAAUAUAAUGGAGCUACUACCUCUGCUUCUCUUGUUGAGAAGUCAGGUCUAAGGAUGUUCCCAUUCUAAUAAUCAAGAUAUUCAUAAUGUAAUGUUAAAAGCCUAAGACUCGUCGAUGGCCAAAAAUAAUUAAGGGGUUGAGAAAAUACCCGCACGCAUGCAUGUUGUGUUUCUUUACUUUUCUC